AGGCAGGAAUCUGCUAAAUGCUAAGAGUUGGGAAGCUCGCCUUAAAAACCAGAGGGCCCAGCCCUGGAAGGCUGUCUUUGUGACCAAGAGGGGUUCUGCUGGACUUGCCUUUGUGCUAGUAACACAGAAGGUUACAUCCCGAUUUACUUGCAGUCAAACUAUAGUGCAUGCUGCAUUUCUGAUCUUUGCGUAAUUCUGGAAUAAAGAAGUGCAAAUAAGCUGCAUUUGAAAUACAGUGCCCUAUUUUUUCACCAUAAGAAUAUGCAGCUCUGCAGUCACGCAUCUGAUCCAGGGUUUGUUUUUUUGUUUUUUUUUUUUAUCAGAAUACAGAUUUUUGUUUAACUCCUUUGUGUAUGCCGUUCUGUACUGACUGCACGGGCUCAUGCUUGUGCCAUUGCUUUGGAAAGCAAGACCCUGCCAGCAGGCUCAAGCCGUAGGUUUUGCUACGGACUGCAUUCCUUCGCACACGAAAUCCUAAUCAACUUCAGAACGUGUGCUUCAGAGAGCAGCAGGGAGGGGGAAAAAAGAAAAAAAAAAAAAAAAAAGAAAAAAAAAAAAGAAAAGCAGAACGGUGAAAGCUGUGGUGCAAUCGCUCAGGCUCGGUCGUGGCGGAAGGCAGUCGGCCCCGUUCCGAGGCUGAUUUUUGGCAUUCCACCUUAAAUCGAAGCCGGCGCUCGGGAAGCAGGGAGCCGGGCCGCCGCGUCCCUCUGCGGAACCGCCGCAGCGCUGCGGCCGCGAGGCCAUGGCCGAGGGGAGCCCCGCGCGGGGCGGCAGGAGGCCCCGGAGGAAUGCGGCAUCAUUCCCAGGGAACCUGCACUUGGUGAUGGUUCUUCGUCCCACAGGGUUUUUCCAGCGCACCUUCACUGACAUUGGAUUUCGAUUUAGUCAGGAGGAUUUUCUGCUCAAGUUACCGGUUGUUAUGCUGAGCUCGGUUAGUGACCUGCUGACAUAUAUUGAUGAGCAGCAGCUAACCCCAGAGUUUGGAGGCACCUUGGAGUACUGCCACAGCGAGUGGGUCAUCUUCAGGACUGCAAUAGAGAAUUUUGCACUAACCGUGAAGGAAAUUGCACAGAUGUUACAAUCUUUUGGCACAGAACUGGCAGAGACUGAGCUCCCAGAAGACAUGUAUUCCAUUGAGCGCAUCUUGGCUCUGCGCACUGAGAAGUACUUCCAGCUCAAGGAAGAUAUUACAGCAGUCACAAAAGAAGGAAAGUUGCUUUUAAGCAAUUUAGAAGAGCCUGAUGUGGGUGAAUGCAGCCAGGACCAGCAUCGUGAGAGGCCUGGAGACUGGGACACUGUGAAUAGGCUGCUCGGGCAGCUGCGGGAAAUGGAAACUGCUUUUGAUGGCUUCUGGGAAAAACAUCAGUUGAAAAUGGAGCAGUAUUUACAACUGUGGAAGUUUGAGCAAAGUUUUCAAGAGGUCAAGAAUGCCAUUGAAUUUUUAAUGGGUCAACAAGCAGAACUGCCCGACACUGGAGACAGUGUCUCCCAAGUGAAACAGAGGCUGAAGGACUUGAAUCAUUUUGAUGGUAUGGCUCAGGAUCUGAUAGGGAAGGCUCAAGUGGUGAUACUACAUGGACACCAGCUAGCAGCAAAUCAUCACUAUGCACUCAACUUAAUCUGCCAGCAAUGCAACGAGCUGCGGCACCAUUCUGAUGUCUUGUCUGACGAGAUUAAAAGGAAGCAGUUGCGGCUGCAGAAGACCUUGGAUCUUCAUACUCGCCUUCAGCAGGCCCUGCAGUGCUGUGAUGAGGGUGCCUACCUGCUUGCCAACCAGCAGAUGGACAAGUGCCAGUCUAAAGAAGGUGCUCAGAAAGCUCUCCAGGACAUAGAAAGAUUUCUUGAAAGCUCUUCAUCCUACUUAAACUAUGAUCCCCAAUCCCUACAGUAUGAUUUUGAGUCAGUCUUAACAGCUGAAUUGAAGUGCCAGAUACAGUCAGUGCAGGUGAAGCUUGAAAAUGUUCGAAGCAUGUUUGAGAAUCGUCAGUCUUGCUUCAAGAAGCUGUUGGAUAAGCACGUGCGUCCCGUCCAGUUAGUGGCCCCUCGGCCAGAAAACCCACCACGAUCAAAGUCACCAUUAUUUUCUCCUAAACAUGGUGUGGAUUUUAAUUCCAGUUUGAAAUUUUCAUUUGACCUCUCUCUCCCUGGGAAGAAAACAUCAAGAAAAACUCCAAGUUCUCGCAAGAUUGAAGUAAUGCACGAUUAUCAGGAAAAACGGAAUUCCUUGCAGUCUUUUAUUUCAGACAGUGAUGACAACUUAGAUAUACUGAAAGGCCAUGUCAUAAAUGAGCUUAUAGAAACUGAGAGAGUGUAUGUAGAGGAACUGUUCACUGUUCUGACGGGCUACAGAGCUGAGAUGGACAACCCUGCCAUGGUUAUCCUUAUGCCUCCCGUGCUGAGGAACAGGAAGGAUGUCCUCUUUGGAAACAUGCCUGAGAUAUAUGACUUCCACAACAAAAUAUUCCUGCACAGUUUGGAAAGCUGCCUGGGAGCACCCGAGAGAGUGGGAUUUUGUUUCCUAGACAGGCGAGAGGAUUUCCAGAUGUAUGAGAAAUAUUGUCAGAACAAGCCCCGGUCAGAGUCCCUGUGGAGGCAGUGCUCUGAGAGCACCUUCUUCCAGGAGUGCCAAAGAAAAUUAGAGCACAAACUUGGGCUGGAUUCCUAUUUGCUCAAACCAGUGCAACGCCUGACAAAAUACCAGUUGCUUCUGAAGGAGUUGUUAAAGUACAGCACAAGCUGUGAUGGAGUUCAGGAACUUCAAGAAGCUCUGGUUGCAAUGCUGGAUUUGCUAAAAUCAGUCAAUGACUCUAUGCAUCAGAUUUCAAUAACAGGAUAUGACGGCGACUUGAGUGAACUAGGAAAAGUACUGAUGCAAGGAUCUUUCAGUGUUUGGACAGGACACCGAAAAGGUCCAACAAAAAUGAAGGAUCUUGCCAGGUUCAAGCCAAUGCAGAGGCAUCUCUUCCUGUAUGAGAAAGCCUUGGUCUUCUGCAAGAAGCGAGAGGAUCACGGAGAUGGAUAUGAUAAAACUUCGUCUUACAGUUUUAAGCAUUUUCUGAAAAUGAAUGCAGUUGGAAUAACUGAGAACGUGAAGGGGGAUCAUAGAAAAUUUGAAAUCUGGUAUAGUGGAAGAGAAGAGGUAUACGUUGUGCAGGCCCAAACAGUAGAUCUGAAGAUGGCAUGGUUAAAUGAAAUAAGAAAAAUUUUAUUCAAGCAGCAGGAGCUCAUAAAAGUGGAGAAGCAGCAGCCCAGCUCAUGCUCUGACCAGCUCCACCUCUCCUCCCAGCUGAGUGACGGAAAGCAGCAGAGAGCCUCCAUAAGCUCAGAAGAGAACGACUCGGAGCGCACCAGCCCAGUGCCACUCGACAGCGUGCUCCUGUCACCCCAGAGCAAACCCCACAGAAGCUGGCCAGGAAUGUCACAGUCCCUGGAGAUCUGUGAGGGGCUGGAGGAGUGGUCGGGUAACCAGUACCUUUCCAACUGCUCAGACACCGAAGAGGAGGAGGGGAACCAGCUGUCUCCAGGAAAAUACAAAGCCCUUGCAGACUGCAAGAGGAGAGGAUCAGAGGAUCUGCUGGUGAAAAAUGGGGAUGAAAUUCAGCUUUUGCAUGAAGAUGGUGAGGGACAGUGGUUGGUGAAAAACUUAAACAGAAGAAAAGAAGGCUGGAUCCCUGUCCACAGUCUGCAGAUAGUAGUCGGUGAUUGUAGAUUUCGGAAUGCCAAAGUUGCAGAUGCUGCCCUGUGUAACACGCGAAAGUUUAGUUCCCCUUGAGUUAAGGGUGAACUAGUAGCAUCCUGGUUUUGAUGCUCUUGGAAGCUUUCAACUACGUGUUACAGAGAAAUAGCACAAUAGUUGGAGUUUUCCUGUACUAUUCAUCACAUUCACAGAGCUCCACAGCUUCAUCUGCACUGAACGGGACCGGUGUCCUAAGCAGCUUCUCAUAGUCAUAAAGGAAGCCAUUCUCUGCUCUUUUUUUUCCCCCACUAUGGAAAGUACAGUGUUUCAUUAUUUUUACCUGCUGUUUUCCAUGACAUCCAUCAUGUUUCAUCAGAGAAGUACACCUUGUAUAGAUGCUUGAGAUUUCAUCUGCAGGUUGAAGGCUUUAUCUACUUAUUAGCUGACAACUGUUGAAGCUGAUUGCAAAUCAAAGAGUUGAGUUUUGGUAAACCAAAAACAAACAAAAACCAACAACAAAGAAGCUGUAUGUUCUGCUUAAUUGAUUUUAUGGAUGGAUUUUUCUUAAAAAUCUACUUCAGCUAUGUGAAUGUAAUGUUCUGUAAGAGCAUCAUCUGGCUGACUCACGUGGAAGAUGCAAUAAUGCUAAAGAUCCUUUUUUUGCACUUAGGGUCUGAAUCCAGCCCAUUGCAGUCAGUCCCAUUGAUUUCAGUGAGGUUUGGAUCAGGUCGAACUGACAACUCAGGGUUGUCGCCAAUCACUUUAGGGUCCCACAGUGUCCCAAGGCUGAAACCUGUAUCUAGCAAGUGUUGAAGUUUACAUUAAAUGUAUGUACUUUUGGAACACGUGCCAUAAAUCAAAGUUAAAUGUCCAUGUUUGCACUAAGGAUGUUCAUGUGACAAGACUGUACUUUUCAGCAUCUUUAAUGAUAACGCAUCAGUUGAAUUUUCAAGGAAGAAAAGGAAUAUUGAAUUCUCAGUUUAAUUUUGUGUUUCUGUGUCUAGUUUUGCUUUUGUAGAACAUAGGUAUAGGUGGUUUGACUUUUAAGCAGAUGUAUGCAAAGAGCAUCUGACUGUUGAGAACAGGGUUGAUAGUAUGCAUGCCUUACAGGAUGUGCUCUGUCCCGUUGACACAAAAUGUUUUAUACCAUGGGCUGAAGGGGGACCUUUGUGUUCUGACUUUGAUUUGUGAGCCAUCAAUUCUUAGAUACAGUAUCAAACUGUUGAGUUCAAACACACUGAGUGUUUUCGGUGACCACUUUUGUAUGGAGGAAUGGUUGAACUGCUCCUUGGCUGUGGCUGCCCAGGGGGGAUUUCCCUGGGUUGGAUGGCCAGCGCUGGGGGCAGCCCCAUACAUCCCCAAAGCAGGACCACUGAGUCUGUGCUAAGCAACACUGCGAGACUUGGAAAGAUCCCAGUGUUCCUUAGCCAUUGGGAAUCAAACCAGGGAGGUUUUAAGUCACUGAUUAUUAUUUCUGUCUGUUUUAAAACUGAUCACAGUGCGCUCACUAGGUGGAAAAGUAGGAUUCUCUGAAGUUAGUAUGGAGGUAAUUUAUAGUGGUAACAAUUCUUGUGGUACCAGUACACAUUUUGAGGUACAGCUGUAAAUAUUUGUCUCAAACAUAGCACACAUUGCAUAUGAAUGGUUUUAAUCUUUUUUUCUGUCUUCCAUAGUUUUAAAUUUAAGCUUUUAUUAAUUUAUGAGAUUGACUAGCUCUGCAACUCUGAAUGUACAGUCUGAGAUUUUUAACAUUUGAAACUUUGCACAUGACAUGGUCUGUUACCUUUAAGUAUGCUGUUGAACUAGGCUCUUCAUGUACAUGUUAUUAUAAAUUACAGUAGAGAGUUUUCUCUGACUGCAAGUUUAAAUGAACUAUAUUGUAUAUGUACCUGUAAAAAAAAAAAAAUGUGUUAAAUCUAUAUUUAAAGAUUAAAAAGUUGUUAAAUAAAUUCUUAU